GUUUUAAUUGAGAGUUGUAAUUAUAGCAAAUCAAUAAUUAUUAAUUAUUGAUUUGCUUUCAAAAAUGCUAUUUAUUAUUCUCUUCUAUUAAAUUAAAGUAAUUAGCUAAUAGAAAAUUGUAGUUUCUAACCAAAGACUACAUGUUCAAGUGCCAUAUUGUUUCCUAACCUAAUACACUAACAGCCGGUUUAUUUCGUUAUCUCAAGACUCACUGUGCGUAUCCGAUUCCAAUCGCCGAUAAUAUUACCAAAUUGCCAAUAACUAAGUACAAUGUAUUACGAAUCCGGAAUAUUGCGAAGGAAAUGACCACACUGCAGGAGGAACACUCGACUGUAAUACUAACCAAACAGUUUUCACUGUCCGGUCGACUAAAUGUGUUUUGUGAAGUGGUUGUGUCUUGUAAAAUGAUUACAAUAAGAUAAAAAAAAAUGUGCUAAUAAUUUGAUGUGUCCAUGAAAUAUAAACAAAGAAAUAAGUAAAUAAUUUAAUGUCUUUGAUAAAAAUAGUACUUAUAUAGUACAUAGUACUUAAAUAGUAAAUAAAGUACCUAUUUUCGCCAUGUUAUCCUGGAUCCAACAUAGAUGGACAGCUCUAUGGCUGUUGUUUGCAGCUUAUGGUUCACUGUUCUUGUUUAUGUAUGGCUUUUUCCCACUGAAAUACCAUUCAGGGAAAAUAAGUCAUAUGGAUGACCUUCCAAAUUUUAUUAAUAGUGUCAGUAUUGAUGGCCAUGAAGUAUAUAAUUCAGGCGAGAAUAGUGUAAUACUGAUGGUUAUAGAUGGCUUGAGAUAUGACUUUGCCACUGAAGAAUACAUGCCCUUUACUGGACAGUUGUUGAAAAACAAAUCAGCAUGCAUUUAUGUGUCAGUGGCAGAACCACCUACAGUCACCAUGCCAAGGAUUAAGUCACCGGAAAGGAAAAAGGAGAAAGCACAGUGGAGGCGCACUAUAAACUUCUGGAGGGAUAUAUUCGCCAUGAUGACGGGCAGCGUGUCAACGUUCGCCGACGUAGCGCUUAACUUCGGCGCGCCGGCAGUUCGCGGGGACAGCGUGCUGCGAGCGGCCAAGUCGAGGGGACGCCGCGCUGUCAUGUAUGGUGACGACACGUGGCUGAGGCUCUUCCCCGGCAUGUGGAACGACUCGGAUGGCACUACUUCCUUCUUCGUCACAGAUUAUACUGAGGUAGAUAACAACGUGACCAGACAUCUAGACAAAGUGCUUGCACCGGAUGAGAACAAGAAGCCUUCGUUCGACUUCUUGGUGCUUCACUAUUUGGGCUUGGACCACAUCGGGCACCUGGAAGGUGCUAGAAGUGCCAAAAUUAAGCCCAAACUAUUGGAAAUGGAUGAUGUGGUCAAGAAAAUAUACACAGGCAUGAGGACAUGGCAUAGAUCAGGGAUAUUGAUAAUCUGUGGAGACCACGGGAUGAGGGACGCGGGCGGGCACGGCGGGGCUAGCGCUGCUGAGGUGUUGGUGCCGCUGGUGGUGGUCAAGAGCGACAACUUUGUGUGCCCUCAUCCAUCAGGCCCAGGUCCAACCGUCGCCCAAGUAGACGUAGCGCCCACUAUAGCGUGGCUACUGAACGCGCCCAUACCAGGCGAUAGUACCGGCAGGAUACUGCCUUCGUUGAUGCCUUCUGACGUGCAACAACACCUCUACCUGCUGCACGUGCUUGCUGCGCACAACGCCCAGCAGUCGCCGCCUGCGGACACUGAAUUCUUCCAACAAUUCAAACGCGCCGAGGUACAAUUCGCGCACUUUCUAACGACUGGACAGCAAAGCGCGGCCAAAAUUGCCAAAGAGUUCUAUGACGAGUCUCUGGAAGACUUGGCCAAGUACCACACGGAAACUACCACGGACUUUGACUUGUUUGCCAUAGGAAUCGCCAUUUUUAUGCUUUAUAUUCUAACUGGAGCACUUCUAUGCGUAACACUAUUCUCAUUUCAACAAGACCCGCAAAGAAAUACGAGCGUUGUACGCCAACACAGAUCCCAAGCUAGCACCAUAGUUGCUUUUGCCGUCAUAUUCUUUCUGGUUUCCACAACUUUACUCAUAUCCUGUUUCAUAUCGGAGACUAAAAGCCGAUUUUGUUCUUUCAACCCCUUUUGGACGAUUUGUUUCAUUGCUGCAUCUCUUGGUAUAGCCGCAGCGUAUUUCAUAAUAAAAGCAGCAAUAGAACGAACCAAAGAUUUGUCUGCCUUAAGGGAACUAAAUGCUAUAGACUAUUUAUUAAUCAUUGGCACUUUAUUUCAUGCUUGGUCAUUUUUUGGGACAAGUUUCAUAGAAGAAGAGCACAUGACGUGGUAUUUCUUCUGGAAUACUCUCAUGUUUUUCGUAUUGGUUCGGACGAUUGUUGUGGUAGUGAUGUAUUUUACUAAGAAAUGGUCUGGUGCUACUGAGUUUCAAGAUAAAUUGGAUUUAGAGAAUAGGAUGAGCUCAGUUGGUGUUAGCAUUGUGCCUCAGUGGGUGCUGCUGAUCGCUUUACAUAGGUAUUUGCGAACAAUGAACCAGACCGGUGACCGUUGGCUGUUUCUGCCGGACACAGCGGAUUGGUUGAAUGCACCCGAGAACUCCUUCUACUUAGAAGCACAUCUUGUGAUUGGGACCGUCCUAACUCUAGGCGUGUGCCUAUGGAACGUACGACACAUGAACAACUUCAUGCAAAUACAUUCCGCAUUAACCGUAGCGGCGACCGGCUGCGUAUUCCUCUACCGCAUCGCGACAAGCGCGCUACAGACGCGAUACACGUUCCUCAAAUCCUACGACCCUGUCAACAUAGUCGACGUAUUCUGGGGUAUUUUGACUUUCCAAGUUCUUUUCGAAUUGGCAAUUUACGUUGGGAUGUUCGCACAAUGUGGUCUCAAGCCGAAGUUUGCGUAUACGAAACCAAAAGCGAAAAGCGAGGAUCAUUUCUAUGACGAAAUGGAUGAACCGUGGAAUAUUGAGGAGGUGAAACUCAGUCUUGCGACAUCUCUUUCCCAUAUAAUGUAUAAUGAUUUGAUGUUGAUAAUCGUUUUGCUGAUGAGACCCCAUAAUGUAAUCAUGGUGCCGAGUGUAUACUUCACGUGUGUGUUGACCAGCAAAUGCUUGGACCACAAGCUUUUGGAUUCAAGGUCGAGGAGGACGGAGGUGGUUGAUGUGAUGAGUCAAGCUUUGGUGCAUUUGUGGAUUGGUGUGCUGUUUUACUUUUAUCAGGGUAACUCCAACAGCCUGGCGUCCGUGGACCUGGGCUCCGGCUACGUGGGGCUCCGCGAGUACAGCGAGUUCCCAGUGGCGCUGCGCAUGGGGCUCCACGCGUACGCGGGGCCCGCGCUCGCCGGCGCGCGGCUGUUCUGCGCGCUGGCCGCCGCGCCCGCCGCCUCGUGGACCCAGUACUUACAAUCAGUAUGGCGAGUUAUAAACAUAUUUGCACUGCAAAGAGUGUACCAGCUCGUCGUAUACUGCGUCAUAGCGACAAUAUUCAGGCACCAUCUGUUUGUGUGGACGGUGUUCUCGCCCAAACUGUUGUACGACUUCGUUGCGACCGUGUUCUCUAUUCAGGCGCUCUCCACUAUAGGCAAUAUCAUACUGAUCACUCAUAUGACUAGUUGGCUAGCUAGAUUAGUGACUUAUAAAACGACACUGUAAUAUUUAAAUUUAUAGAGGUAAAGUUGUACGAAUUUGGGAUUUUCAGGACGAUACGGAGAUGAAAAAUGUACCUACUUAAAAAUUUGUAUAUAUAUAUAUAUUUAUUAAUUACGGUCAUAUUGAUGUUUGACAAUGAGAUCUCAUUCAUUGAUUGACAUUGACAGCCCGCGUUUGCAAAGACAACUGUCAACCAGUAAAAUGCGAAACAAAGGAAAAAUAAAUAAAUCACUACGAUCGGUGUGAAAAUAAUGAAAUCAGCUAAUUUUACCUGUUUUUUUUUUUGUUCUUUACAAGUUAGCCCUUGGCUACAAUCUCACCUGAUGGUAAGUGAUGAUGCAGUCUAAGAUGGAAACGGGCUAACUUGUUAGGAGGAGGAUGAAAAUCCACACCAAUUUUUCUCUAGGUUAGAAUUUUUUUUAGCCGAAAUAAUAUUCGCCAACAAUUUUUACGGACGGAGGUCCUGGGUUCGAUCCCCGGCUGGACCGAUUGAGGUUUUCUUAAUUGGGCCAGGUCUGGCUGAUGGGAGGCUUUAGCCGUGGCUAGUUACCACCCUACCGACAAAUACGAAAGGGGUGUGAUUUCCAUCCUCCUCCUAACAAGUUAGCCCGCGUCCAUCUUAGAUUGCAUCAUCAUUUACCAUCAGGUGAGAUUGUAGUCAAAGGCUAACUUGUAAAGAAUAUUAAAAAAAAGAAAAAUAACCUGAUUCCAUUAUUUUCACACUGGUCGUAGUGAUUUAUGUAUCCUCUCUGAUGCGCAUUUCACUUAUUGUCAGUUGUCUUUGUAAAUGCGGACUGUCAAUGUCAAUCAAUGAGAUGUCAUUGUCAAACAUCAAUAUGACCGUAAUUAAAUUAAGCAAAUUCUCCUUUUCUGUUUGUUAUGAUUUAACUCAAAAGCUGUUUAAAAUUAUUUUGUCUUUAGAAUGCUACUAAUUUAUUGAGUAGCAAAUGGUAUAUUUUAUCCCUGUAUUCUAAUUGGAAAGAGAACUACGCGGGUGGAACCGCGGGAUGUAUGUUAUUUAUAAUAAAAUCGAUUUAUUAGACUAGUAAAUAUUUUGAUAAGUUCCAAUUUAGUAAUGCCAUAUGUCAUUUAUUUCAGUUUUUUACUUACUAAAAAGUACUUGUAUAUAAUGUAUUUAACUAAAGUCCGGCCGCUCAGAAAUUGCGUUUCAGACAGGUCGUGAUCGAAUGGAAGAAACAUUCAAUUACAAUUGCCUCGUUAUUUUGUCUCAUCACUACAAAGACAAACAGUUGGCAUAACCUUGAAACAGCGCAGUUCAAUAACCUUGUACGCCAGUUCGAAGUUACAUCUCCCAUUCGAUCAAGACCUGUCAGAAACGCUAUCUCUGAGCAAUUGGACUCUUUGUACCUAUCAUAAGUCUCACAAACAUUUAAUGCUUUUUUCCAUUUAUUAGCAAUCACAGAAAAUCAUAAUACCAAUGAAACCUCUGGAUGUUCAUAUUUUUCCGUAACUGCUUAAGAGCGCGCAGCGCGUCGGUACGAUAUGGAUAAAAUUCGAAGCGCAAACGAGACGCCGAAUUAUGACUUUCACGUGAGUGAAAAGCACGGAGCGAUUGACGCGCGACGCAAAUUUUAUGACGUGAGCGCCAAAACCAUUUUUACCUAAUUGCAAGUAAAUUAAACAACAUAACGAAAAACAAAAUGGCCAUAUUCAAGAUUUAUACCUAAUUUCUAAACAAAACAAAAAUUUAAGAAAAUAAGUUUGCUUUUCCUGAGAUUGAAAGCAAAAUGUGAGCAAAACAUGUAUUUUUCAAAAAAAUAAACUACUGAGAAAAGUUUUACAAAUUGUGUAUUUUGUAUAGUCGAAACGAAGUAACACUUUGAAAUAUCAUUUACCCAAAUAUCAGGCUCAUAACUUUUCCAGAUUCUGAGAUCCAGAACCAUUUGUAACCACCAAAUUACAUAUUGCACACUCUUAAAAAAUAGUAAAAGAAACACAUUCCUACUAGGUUGCUAAUGUGGAAAAAAUUCUUGUAUUUAUUUAUGUUAUGGAAUAUCUACGAAAGUAUCCACUAAAUUAUUUUCUUUGAGAACAGUAUUAUUAUUAAUAUUUGUACAUAUAGCUAUUGCGAGCAAAUAACAUAUGGGUUAUGAGUACAACAAUAUAGAGGACACGACAUCUUGGUUAUAGUGUUCCGAAAAAAAAAAAACAGAACAACCAACUAAAUAAAAAAAAAUAAGCGCAAGUUAUCAUAAAUGUAGGUAGUUUUGUUUUUAAUCGUCCACAAAAUAAUACAAUUUUUUAAACGAUAUUUUAUUUUAUUAUAAUACUAGACACCGAGUACCUAAAGUGUUUUUGUUACCUACAUAAUAGUAAAUAGUUAAGUAAUUUAAGUUAGUAGGUAGUGAAGAUAAAUGUAACGCAUUAUUUUGUAUAUGUAUAUUAAAUAAAUGUACUGAUUGUUUGCCAUUCCAAA